ACAAGUCUAACCAAAACGUCAAUUCCUCAUUUCCAAUAGGCUCUGAUCAAGUCCUCCUCCAAACAGAAUUAUCUUCAUUUGAAUCGGUAAAAGGACUGCUGAUUAAAGCACUUUAAAAGAUUGAACUGAUCUUCACUCGAGAAACAUAGUUCUGAUUAAAGCACUUUCAGAAUUAUCUUAGUGUUCACAAUUUGAUCUGCAAAGCUACCCAAAAACAAAAUUUGUUAGAAAUGGUUGUCUCACCAAAGCAGCUCCAAUUCCUUCUUCUGUCGUUUCAAUUAUUUUCUUGUGUAUCUCCAUUAUCUUUCAACUUCUCCACCUUUCCAAAUGGCAUCAAAAACUUAUCUCUCGAGGGAGACGCUUACAUCGAUGGCAAAUAUCUUCGACUUACCAAAAGCGCUGUUGACGACGUACAGAACCAAAGUGUAGGUCGAGCCACCUACAGCCAACCCUUCCUCCUCCGAGACAAGGUCACGGGAAAGCUUGCCGAUUUCACAACAAACUUCACAUUUGUCAUCGAUUCCAGAGGCAAGACACCCUAUGCGGACGGAUUCGCCUUCUUUUUGGCGCCAAAUGGAUCCUUACUCAACAAGACAAUAGGCAGAGGCGGCAGUCUAGGACUCCCCGUGGACACUUCUCCCGACGUGUCAAAAAUUCAGUACCCUUUCUGGGCGGUGGAACUUGAUAUCUACCGGAAUAAUGUGACAUCUGUGGAAGAUCCUGCCGGAGAUCAUGUCGGAGUAGACAUCAACUCUGUGAAGUCUAAGAUGACCGAAUCGUGGAAUGGUAGUAUUACAAACGGACGAGUCAAUAGUGUUGGGAUUAGUUAUGAUUCUUCAUCAAAGCAUGUUGGUAUUGUUUUCACAAGUUAUGUGAAAGAUGUUCAAGUUAUGAAGUAUAUGGAUUGCAGGGUUGAUUUGAAUGAAAUCCUCCAGGGUUGGGUCGUUGUUGGGUUCUCCGCCGCAACAGGUUCUCUGACUGCUGUGGACAAGAUCCAAUCAUGGAGUUUUAAUUCGUUUCAACUGCGUGAAGAGAAUGAAACGAAGAACACGCCAGUGGUUCCUGAGCCGAGCCCCAUUGUUGAUCCCAAGUCAGGAAAUGGGGUCAACGUAGGACUAAUUGUUGGUUUGGGUGCUGGUGGGAUUGCUUUCUUGGUUGGUGGGUUGGGUUUGGUUUGGUUUUUGAUUUGGAAGAAGAGCGCAGGUAGUUCAAAAGAUGGAAUGGUUAACGACUGGAUCGAUGAGGAGUUCCAAAAGGGAACAGGCCCCAAGAAGUUUUCGUACAGAACAUUGGCUAGAUCAACAAGUAAUUUUGAUGAAAGAGAGAAGCUUGGAGAGGGAGGAUUUGGUGGAGUUUAUCGAGGCUUCAUAAAAGACUUGAACGCGUAUGUUGCUGUUAAGAGGGUAUCAAGCAGGUCUAGACAGGGGAUGAAGGAGUAUGCAGCAGAAGUAAGGAUCAUCAGCCGGCUAAGGCAUCGGAAUCUGGUGCAACUCAUUGGUUGGUGCCAUGAAAAAAGAGAACUCUUACUUGUGUAUGAGUUCAUGUCCAACGGCAGCUUGGAUUCCCAUUUGUUCAAAGGGAAAACCUUGUUAGAUUGGGAGGCAAGAAACAAAAUUGUUCAAGGCUUGGCAUCUGGGUUGUUGUAUCUACACGAAGAAUGGGAACAAUGUGUGCUGCACAGGGAUAUCAAAUCCAGCAAUAUCAUGUUGGACUCAAAUUUAAACGCAAAACUUGGGGAUUUUGGGUUAGCUCGGCUUGUUGACCAUGGAAAACAAUCACAAACAACAGUUCUGGCCGGAACUAUGGGCUACAUGGCUCCUGAAUGUCUUACCACAGGAAAGGCUAGCAAGGAAACAGAUGUCUACAGCUUUGGAGUUGUUGCCUUGGAGAUAGCUUGUGGGCGAAAACCCAUUGAUCCCAAUUUGGAAAGUAGUGAAAGGAAUAUGGCGGAGUGGGUUUGGGAGCUUUAUGGACAAGGGAAAGUCAUUGAAGCAACUGACCCUAAAUUGUGUGGAGAGUUUGAUGAGAAACAAAUGGAAUGUUUGUUGGUUGUUGGGUUGUGGUGUGUUCAUCCGGAUUACACUAUCAGGCCUUCGAUACAACAAACGAUUCAAGUGCUUAAUUUUGAAGUUCCAUUACCUAUUCUCCCGUCGAAGAUGCCGGUGGCUAGCUACUCUUCACCUCCGGUAACAUUGUCAAUUUUGUCUGCUGAUACUACAGAUUUGGAAAGAGGUGAAACUGAUUCUUCAGGCUAUCGUUACAACACCAACUCCUCACAGUUCACCCAAUCUUCUGCAUCAAAUUCUUCUUCAUCAGCACACUUUAGUACACAAAAUAAAUUUUAAUGAAUAAUCCUGGUCUACGUAUAUACAAAUAUUUUUUAGUUUUUUGUAUUUGAUUAUGUUGUAUAUGCACUGGAACUAGAUAAACUAGAAGAACUAGAGUGUGGACUAGCUCGAGUCUAUUGUCCAAGCUGACUAUUUUUGAAAUAAAUAAAAAAAUAGAACAAAAAGAUUAGCAGAAAAUCCAACUUUCAAUUCUGAAUGCUAAUUGCUAACCAUUUCCAUGUUUCAAGCAC